AUAUCAUUAAUAAGUGAUAAGUUGAAUAUUCUUUGUAUUAUUCAUAAAUAUUCAGUUAACGAAUGUCUCUCUUACAUGUUUUAUCUUCAUGCAAUUUUCCAAUUUAUUGAUUGAAGCUAGCAUAAUUAUUACUAUCAAUAAUCUUUAUGUAAGUAAUAGUACAUAUUCUUAGAAAUACUGUGCAAUAAACGGUAAGAACUUGACUUUGUUAGAGACGCUGAUAGAUUGUAAUUUUAUUCCACGAACGCGUCAUGUCUUAUUUCUUAGUCUUGACAUGUAAACAUUUCCUGUUUAUUUUUCUUUUUUACCCGUAUACUUUAAGUUAUGUCAUUCCAAUACAAAAGGUAUAAAACUACUGAUUGUGAGGAAAAUUUGAAUAAAAAUAAUAGAAUUCAUUACAUGUUUUUAAAUAAUUAAUUGUCACGGAAAUAGAAUAUUUCUAAUUUCUAUGUUAAUUUCAUCUAGUUACUGUAUCUAUUUAUCAGGUUUUUAUCCCAACUGUUAUUACUAUUUAACAAAUAUAUUUCCUGUAUUUAAAAAGAAAAACAGAAAAAAACAAGACUACAAAAAAUUGAUGAUAGAUGAUCAAUCUUAACCAUUGUUGUUUAUAUCGUUAAAAGAGGUAAUAGUGUUUUUUUCGUUUAUUUAGAUAUUUGCACAAUUGUUAAAAGACUAAUAUUAAUGGAAUUAAUUCCGUAUGGCUGAGUCAGUUGGUAGAAUAAAAGUUGCAGAAUUGUUUCUGAACGAACAGUUCACAUCCAACAGAGUCAAGCGAUCUGUGACUUGACUUCUUAUUUCACUGAAAGAUAGAUAAUAUUUUACCAAUCAACAAAAUGCUCUACUCACGUUUUUUUCUAUUAACGUUUUUAAUAAUCUUAACGAUCGACCAAAGUAGAGGGGUAGAAUUUGGAUCGAUUUUUGGUCUCGGCAAGAAUGUUGAUAAGAUUGAAAAUCAUGAAGAAAAUAAACUCGAACACGAGCCUAAACAAAAGGUCGAGCAGAAUAAAUUAAUCAAUUUUAUACCGAUUUUUGAUUUUGGUAAAAAUGUUGAUAAAAAUGAUGGUAAAAAUGAUGAUAUAAAUAUUGAUAAUAUAAAUAUUGAUGAUAUUAACAAUCAAGGAGAAAAUAAACUUGAAUACGAAGAACCUGAAGAAAACUUCGAAGUUAAUCAAGUUUCUACAAAGCUUUCCACAGUUGAAGAAUUUCUUAGCACACUUUUAAUACCGGUCGAAGCUUUGGGAAAUGCAAAUAAAAUAUUUGGAAAAGGUGUACAGCAAAUUAUAUCGAAAAUACCGGAUAAACUUAAGGAUCCAAUUAAAGGAUUUGAAAUUAAUAAUAAGACCAACUUAGGAUACGGUCAAUUUUUGAAUUCAAUUUCUGAUAGAUUCAGAGCUAUUUAUCCAGGUACCGUUUGGUGUGGUGAUGGCGAUAUAGCAAAAAACGAUGAAGACCUUGGUUUCUUUGCAAGUACAGAUGCUUGUUGUAGAGAUCAUGAUAAAUGUUCCAGUAAUAUUAAUGCAGGCGAAACGAAAUACGGUCUUAAAAAUGUUGGACUUUUUACGAGGUCACAUCGUUCAUGCGAUUCUGCAUUUUACAAUUGUUUAAAAGGCGCUAAAUCAAUCAUAGCCACCAAAAUUGGAAUAACUUAUUUCAACAUUUUGAGUCCGCAAAGUUUCGACGAGGAUUAUCCUAUUGUAAAAUGCAACAAGUAUUCUGGCCUUAUCAACAAGAAAUGUAUCGAUUAUAAACAAGAUUUACAUGCAGAUAAGAAAUAUCAAUGGUUUGACAAUCCAUUUUUUUAAAUUCAAAUUAUUUGGCAAUAUUUGAAAGUUGUUUUAAAUUUGUAAAUAAGUAUUCUAUUGUGUAUGUUAAUGUACUUAUUAGUAAUAAUUGAUACUUGUUUAAAAAUGUUUAAGCAAUUUUAACCCAA